AUGACCACCCCGACGGUUUCCGUCCAGCUCGAAACCCGCGAUACCAUUGGAAAGAAGGUCAAGGCGCUGCGCCGCGGAGGCAUUGUGCCCGUUCACCUCUAUGGCCGCGGCGUCGAAUCCCGCUCCCUGCAGUGCCAGGCCCGCACCCUGUUGCUGGCGAUCAGCCGCGCCGGCGGGGAGUACGGCGAGCCGUUGCGCGUGACCAUCGCCGGCGAAUCGGGCGAGUACACCGCCGUUGCGUCGGAGAUACAGUGGCAGCCUCGCACCGGCGACGUUCUCCACGUCGACUUCCGGACGGUCGCGCAAUAG